AAUAUAUUUGUUGUUUUCUCUUAUGAUGAAGUUGAACAUUGAAAUUACUUUUUCUUUUCUUUUUUUUUAAGAAGUUAACCAGUUUAAUCAGCAUGAAGCAGUUGAUACAUUUAAUAUCUAUUAACAACAAUUAUAAUAAUAAUAAUAAUAAUACAUCCCUUUUUUAUCUCAAAAGACAAACAUCAAGAUGGGCCUGACUGGGAUUUCACAUGUCACGUGCUGACUAAUUUGGCACUGCCUCUUGGCCACCUUUCACAGUGGGGUGUUAUAUACCAGCGGCACCUUGUGUCCUUAAAAAUUUAAUUAUCUAUAAUUUGCUAGCACCACGUUGAUACAUGCUUGUGAAAUGGAUUUGAGAGACGUAUCAUUAGGUCCGUCAACUUCACACCAUUUAAAUAAAUAAUAAACAAGCAUUAAAAAAGUACAGGGUCCAGGGGCAACUGGUCCUAAUAUUAAAGGGAUAGUGCACCCAAAAACCUGUCAUUAAUUACUCACUCUCAUGUCAUUCCAAAGACCUUUGUUCAUCUUCAGAACACAAAAGCUCUUGGACUACAAAAAUAUCUUGUGAGCCUAGACAAUAUAUUAGAUGAACAUUUCAAUGUUUUCAAAACCUAAUCCAAUUCAACUUGCUUUUCUCCACAAGGAAAGCACGGCGCUAUCUUUGGCGGUUCUCGGGAAACAUUCAUUAUAAUAAAAGUAUGUCUCACAUCUCUGAAACCACUUUCACCAUCAGCGGCUCUGCACGCCGCCGCCACGUCAUCCAUCUUAAUGAGAUUCGAAGACUGGCGAAGUUCAAUACGUUGGUGAGGAGAAGCAUUGAGUAAACAUUAUCCAGAAACCUCAGUCAGGAGAUUAAACGUGACCCGCUGGUGUGCUGGCUAAAGCUCUGUUGUUAGGCAUCCACAAGAUUUCACAUGUUAGUGAGGAAUAGCCAGUCCAGGUCUCUAGUAAUGGAGAUGGAGCUCCAGCGCUGUCUGAACAUCACUUCCACAGGAAGAUCUCCAGAAGCAGCAUGCCGCCCGUAGAUGCUUUCGAUACACACAAUGGCCACCUCCCUCAUGGGACGGUCAGCAAGCCUCGCAAGGCACGUAAGAAGCUGCAGGUGAUUGUUUGUGUACUCUUUGUGGAGCUUUUUGAGAGGUUCACCUUCUUUGGGAUUGUUUGCAAUAUGAUCCUUUUCUGCACCAUCAAGCUGGGAUACAGCAGUUACCAAGCAGCCAUGGUGAACACGUGCUUUGUAGGAGCCAGCGUACUUACGCCGGUUCUUGUGGGAUGGUUUGCUGAGACAUGUUUGGGAAGGACAACCGUUCUUUGUUUUUGUGCGCUACUUCAUAUCUUCGGAACCGCCUUGCUUCCUGUGGUCGCAUUCCCUUUUGAGGAUUUCUAUAUAAACACACAUAAUAUUGUGCAUCGACUUGAGCCUCACGAGCAACACGUACUAUUCUACACAGGGCUUGUUGCUGUGGCUCUUGGCAUCGGCGGCAUCCGUGCCAUCCUCUGUCCAAUGGCAGCCUAUCACCUUCAAAGCUGUGAUCAACGCAAGCUCCUGUCCUUCUUCAACUGGUUUUACUGGCUGGUCAACCUGAACUCAACAGUCGUUUUUUUGGGGAUUGCCUACAUUCAGCAGUCAGUUGCCAAAAACCUGUGUUUUCUCAUCCCUUUCACCUCUGUUCUCCUCACUCUCAUCGCCAUUCACAUGGUGCGCAACAAGCUCACGUUCCGUCCAAAAAAAGGCAGUUCCUUGCUAACUACGCUGGGAGUGUUCCUCAAUUCUCUCAAAAUGUGCUGCCUCCAUUAUCGCCAUUUAAGCGGAGAUGUUGGCAGCUGGUUAGACCGUGCCAAGGAAAACAACGGGGGUUGUUACAGUGAGACCAGUGUGGAAAACGUCAAGAUCCUAGUCAAACUUUUCCCUCUCUUUGGACUUCAGCUUUUAUAUCGAGCUUGCAUUACCCAGAUCCCGUCAGGCUAUUAUCUGCAGACGAUGCAUUCCAACUUAAAGCUCAACGGCUUUCUCCUGCCCGUAGCGGUGAUGAAGGUCAUCAGUAUACUGCCGGUGUUGAUCUUAGCACCAGUGCUGGAGUUUCUCAACACAUGCUACCAGUCUCCAAAGAAAAUACUGCCCUCACCAGCCACAUGCAUAACUAUGGGUCAUGCCUGCGCAGCUCUCUCGGCACUACUGGCAGGGAUCUCCGAAAUCCACAGGAAGGAUUAUGCGCAAGUAGAGCAGACGUUAUCGGGAAAGGUCCUGCAUGUGUCCUCUAUGACCUGUUUCCAGCUUACGCCCCAGUACAUUUUACUGGGAGUAGCAGAGGCCUUUGUGACACCAGCAUGCUCUCUCAUAUCCUUCUGUCUGACUCCCAGCAACCUUAGAGGCGUCUCCUUGCACUUCCUAACCCUCUCAUACGGAGGUGGCUGCUUUCUAGGGGCUUUCCUCAUUCACGUUCUUUAUUUCGUGUCGGGAGGAAACUUCUAUCCUAAUAACCUCAGCAGUGGCAACAUGGAGAGGUUCUUCUUUACUCUGGCCACGUUAAUGGCUAUAAACACACUGGUGUUUUGGAGAAUAUCGCAAAGGUACUCGGAUCUGAGCGUGGAGCUGAGUAGCGGGGCAGGAAACAGUCACCUGUACGAGAAACUCCUGCAGUACAAGACCUGCCUCCGUUUUUAUGACACACUGGAUCGCACAGACACCCUGACGUCCAUGGAAACUGUCUUGUGAAUUCGUAUAAACCACGUAAUGCUGGCGUUACACAAGAGACUUUAAACAGACUGAUUUCCAACUAGAGCAAUAGCUGUAAAUAACGCUAUUUAAAUUUAUUUAAAAAAUGUACAUUAUCGUCUUAUGACUGAGGCUGAGUAAAAUGUAUGAUGCUGCUGAUGUGAUAAACUUUAUAACUGCGUUUCUUGAACGUUGUGGGGAAAUAUUUAUAAUAUGAAAAAUCCAACAUCUGUCAGUAGAUGUAAUAUUUCAGAUAAAAAAUAUUAUCCCAACCCACGCAAAAAAAAAAGGGUUUUACAACAGUUGUUUGUUGGGGUGAUACUUUUGGUUGGUCUUUGUUACCUGAAAGCUUAUUGUGUGACCUUUUACCUCACAAUUCUGGCUUUUUCCUCAGAAAAAUGGUAGGAUAAAGCUCUGAAUUCAGAAAUACGAAAGACAACCAUCAUUUUAUUAAUUGCAAAAUAGAUAAUAUUAUAUAUUGUACUUGAAUGCGGCAUUCAAAAGCGCAUCCCGUGCAUUCCUUCUUCAUCUUACGCGCCAGAAAACGUGUGUGUGUGUGUGUG